AUGGGCACUUGUUCUUCUAAAAAAGGCACACUAAAAUGUAUCAACCUAAGAAAUCUUCAAAAUAAUUUAGUCUCUGAAGGCCCUGCAUCACCCACCCUAAUUUUUUCUAAAAGGAAUGAUCAUACAUUAGACUUUAAUUAUGUUGACGAAGUAAUUCAACCCUCUAAUUUGAUCAAUGAGAAUUAUUUAAAAUAUUAUAAUUAGAUUAGACAUGUCGAUAAAGUCAUUCAAAAUUAAAAUUCUAUAAUUGUUUAGCAUAUUUUGACCAGACAAAUAUUUAUCGCCGAAGUUUUAGACAAUAACGACAAAACUAAUAAAUAUAUUUCACUAAUUUCAAACUUAUUUCAUGAAAAUUUAUAGGAUUUUGUUGAAAUAUAUUACUACUGUUCAUAAUAUACAAUAAUUAAAAACUAUUGUAAUGGAGGAAGCUUAGAAUCAUUUAUAUUAAAUGAAUCUAAACAUAUAACAAUUUAUUAAAAAUAAAUAAUAUUAGGAUAGAUUUUUAAUGUCAUCUCCUAUUUACAUUCAAAAUCUAUUGUUCAUGGUAAUUUAACUUUAAAAAGCUUUGAAAUUGUGGAUUAAUCUUCAACAAUCUAAAUAAAAUUAGUUGAUUUUUUUUCAGUUGUUAUUUCUGAUAAAAAACCUGCCAUAAAACUUAAAUUUUCAAGUCCAUAAUUGGUGUAAGCUUACCUUGAUAAUUAAAUAAUUGAGCCAACAUUUAAAGAUGAUGUUUGGUCUUUAGGAAUUAUAGGAGUACGAAUAGUUUAUAACUUUUCACUUUUUACUGGAAAUUCGUUUAAAGAUUUUUUAGAAAAUGUUUUAUACGGAAAAAGAAACUAGAUUCCUUAAAUUAAUGAUACUUACUAUUAUGAGAUUCAAGACUUAUUAAACUAAAUGCUAGAAGUAAAUCCUUAAAAGAGAAUUGAUAUGAUAGAAAUUUUAGAGUCUUCAUUUAUGAACUCCUUUUAAUUUAAUUUACAACCAAGAAAUAUUAAUCCAAUAAUGUAAUCUCUUUAACAGAUUCUUUUUUAUAUGAUGGCUGAAAUGUAUAGUGAUAACUCACUUGAAUAUCUCUCUUAAUUAAAAAAUACAAAAAGAAUAACUCGAUUUCAAUUAGCAACUUUAGUUCGAAAAUAAUAUAAACAUAUAUAUGAUUAGUCCGAAUCUUUAUUUGCUGUGAAUCAGAUUUUUAAAUCACAAUCAGAAUUAUAAUAUAUCGAGCUCAUCUCUAGAUUUACUGAUAAACGAUCUAUUAUUACAAAAUCUAACUUGUAAAAAGCAUUCUAACAUUUUUCUAAUUAAUAACACUAUAUAACACUUAAUGAUAUUCUCCCAUUUUUUUAAGAAAAGGAGAUAUAACUUAAAUAAGCAUUCAAAUUGUUUUCUUAAGAAAAAAUAGAUAUACUUUAAUUUUUUGCAUUAAUGUUUGAUUAUCUAUAAUAAUAAUGA